CUUUUAGAAGGGCGAAUCGCUGAAUUGGGCGCCACUCCAUCUGGCACCAGGACCUCCGACACUCCCCAUCUACAACUUGAUCUCAGCGUCAUUCGAGUACAUUCCUUCACUCAGUACUGAGUACUCAAUCAUGAGUCUCUCAUCAUUUUUACUCGGAGGGAAAGCUACGAGCAACCAAAAAGCUAUCGACACGGAAUUAGAUGCCCUUUUUCAUACUCAGGUCCAAGAUGAUGGCAGCACUGCAGCGUCCAAUGACAAGAAGCGUAAACCGGAGGGAGAGCAGAGACAUAGUUUGAAAAAGCACAAGUCCGCACUCAAAGAGUCGCAAAAACACGAUUCCCCUCCAAAACGCGUCAAGCUGCGGGAGAACAAGAAAGAAAAAGUCGACAAGCGGAAAUUAGAAUCUCAAGAAAAAUUAAAGGCGAUCUCAGCCGUGGAGGGCAGCAGCGCUGAACACCGAGGGGCUGAACCUAUCGACAAUUCCGACUCCGAGGAGGAGAGUGGACCAUCUACGCUCGUACACGAGUCGCUGCUCAGUGGUGGUGCAAAGUCCAACCAACGUGCAUCCGCGCGCAAGGUGAAAUUCGCUCCGCCAGAUGAGUCCGAGGAACAACGCAACUUGCGCACGAUCUUCGUGGGUAACCUCCCGUCCGAGGUCGCUCAGAAACGACCUUUGCAGAAAAAACUCCAUAGACACAUUCUAUCGCUCGUGCCUACCGCAAAAAUCGAAUCCACAAGAUUCCGCUCCGUCGCAUUUCAAAACCCUACCAGUAAACUUCCGGAUGAUGAUGGGAAAGAAAAGACCGACCCACGGCAGCACGGCUUAGACCGUGCAUCAUCGUGGCGCAAAGCUAAUCCCACAGCGGACGAACCAAAAAAACGACGAGAAGAAAAAAAAAAAGUUGCAUUUAUCAAUCAUGAACUUCACCCUGGCGCCGAUUCAGUUAAUGCAUACGUCGUCUUCGCAUAUCCCCCUCCUCCGAAAGAGCGGCCUUCGAAUUUGCCACCCCUUCUACCAGUCAUGGACCCGCACGAGGCAGCUCGUCUUGCUGUCGAGACGUGCAACGGGACUGUUUUCAUGGACCGUACGAUCCGUGUAGAUUCUUUGGGCAGGCCUGCAGAUAGCGUUGGAAAGCAAAGUGCUCUCUUAGGUACUUUUGCGGGAGAUCCAAAAUCAUCGGUUUUCGUGGGCAACCUUGACUUUGCGAGCAAAGAGGAAGAUCUGCGGAUAUUCUUCGAAAGUCUUAUCACUGCCGAACGCGGGCCACCUAGUCAGGCUUCAGAUGCACCCAAGCAUUGGGUUUCACGCGUCAGAAUUGUGCGGGAUAAGGAGACUCAACUUGGGAAGGGCUUCGCAUAUGUGCAAUUUACGGAUCGCGUUUGCGUGGACGAAACUCUUGCAAUGGAAGAGUCGAAACUCAAAUUUGCAAAGCGCAAACUACGCACUGCAACCACUAGUCACAGUGCAGGUGUAGCUCCACCCAUCGACGUGCCAAAGGGCGAUCCCUCUCUGGGUGAAAAAAUUGCGACCCUCUCCAAAGAGGAACGAAAACAGAUCAAAGCAGCGGACGCUGACCGGCUUGCGCGGAGGAUGGCGAAGAAGAAAGCGAGAAUGGCGCUUGCGAAGGAGGGUGUGCCUGUACGUGGCAAGGAGAAGGACGUUGGACGAACGAGGAAGACGGGCGCUGCCAAGAAGGCCGCUAUCGCACCUCGUAAACAGAGCAGGAUCCGGAGUGAGAAGAGUAUGUCAAAACGAAAUAUGAAGAAAUGAUAUCUCUUCCUUUGUUCUUCAAGGGAAGAUUGCCGUGUCUCA